GCAGUUUCCAUGGUAACGUAAACACUAACCCACAUGGAGAUUGAUGAGUGAUGUUGUUGUUUAAAUUGCGAUCGAAGUUUUCACAAUUAGAUUGUCGAUCUGUUCGUUAUUUAAGUCGAUUUAAUGACAAUUUAAACUCUGUAGAUAUAAGAUUUAACAAAGGAAAUGAUCUGACCAUUGAAUGUGGUCGGUAUGCUCGGUUUGCCGAUGGAUCUACAGUGGCCUCGAUUGGAGAUACCAAUGUUCUUGUGGCGGCUGUUAGUUUAACCAAACCAACCAUUUCAGGGAUCAUCCCGUUAACGGUUGACUAUCGGCAAAAAGCAGCCUCAGUAGGUAAAAUUCCGACCAAUUUUUUGCGUCGGGAAAUUGGAGCUACAGAGAAAGAGAUCCUAACCGGACGGUUAAUUGAUCGAUCGCUUAGAUUACUAUUUCCUCCUGGUUAUUAUUAUGAGACACAAUUAUUUUGUAAUCUACUUUCAUCCGAUGGUAUCAAUGAUCCCGAUGUGAUCGCUAUUAAUGCGGCCUCAGCGGCUCUUACUCUUUCAAAUAUUCCCUGGGCUGGGCCAAUUGGUGCUGUUCGGGUGGCCUUUUCCCAAGACAGUCCGAUCAUCAUCAAUCCAACUCGAAGUGAGAUCGAGGAAAAUGAUUUCAAUAUGAUUGUCAGUAGUAAUGAACACAAACGGAUUCUAAUGAUUGAAGGUCAUGCCAAUGGAAUCGGUAAGAGUCAAGAUAUACUUCGAGCUUUAGACGAAGCGACAUCCGCUAAUGUCGACAUAAUCAACGGAAUCAAACAAUUAGGAGAAAAAUUUCCAAUCGAGAAGAGAAAUGUUGAAAAAUAUUUCACUCCAUCAAAAGCUCACAUUGAAGCUGCUCAUUUGUUAUCUGCAAUUAGAAUUAGAGAAAUCUUAACUGAUCAUAGUCACGAUAAAAUUAGUCGAGAUGUUGCUCUAAGAGAAGUACAAAAAUUGGUAUUUGAAGCGAUGAGAGAAAGUUUUCCCGAUGAAGCAAGUAAUUUUUCCGAUGCAUUUUCCAAAGUGGUUAAAUCAAUUUAUGUACAAAUUGUCGCUGAAACUGGACGGCGAAUGGAUGGACGAGGUUGCUUCGAUUUACGGAAUAUCAACUGUUCGACCAGUUUGUUUAAAACUCUCCAUGGGUCAGCAUCUUUUCAACGAGGUCAAACUCAAGUUCUUUGUACAUUAGCACUUGAUUCAAUACAAUCAGCACUAAAGUCUGAUCCUGUCACCGUGAUGACCGGUGGCCUGAAGGAGAAAAAUUUUAUGCUCAACUAUGAGUUCCCUUUUGCUACCAACGAAACGGGAAGAGUUGGAGUCUUUGGUCGACGGGAAAUUGGACACGGAGCCUUAGCCGAGAAAGCACUUCGACCAUCAAUGCCGAUAGAUUUUCCCUUCACAACUAGACUUAAUUGUGAAGUUCUUGAAUCUAACGGAUCGUCUUCUAUGGCCAGUGUUUGUGCGGGAAGUUUAGCUUUGAUGGACGGUGGAGUUCCGGUUACACAUCCCACGGCGGGUGUUGCCAUUGGCCUGAUUCACACUUCGGAAAACAAAGAUGAUCAUCAAUCGUCAAAAUUAUUACCUCAAGAUGAAAAGUUUAUCAUCCUUACCGAUAUUCUUGGUAUUGAGGAUCAUUUCGGUGAAAUGGACUUCAAGAUGGCAGGAACUGGUUCUGGAUUAACUGCUCUACAAUUAGAUAUUAAAUUACCUCAUGGAUUACCAAUUAAGGUUAUCAAAGAUGCCUUGACCCAAGGUCAAGAGGCUACUAGAAAAAUCCUCGAAAUCAUGAGCAGAACGAUUCGUCAGCCAAAUGUUUCUCAUAAAGAAAAUUGGCCGAUAACAGAGACAAUUGAGAUUCCACCUCAUCGUCGAUCACGAAUUUUCAGUUAUGGUGGAUCAACAAUUCGUAAAUUAACUGUUAAUUAUGGAAUUAAUUUACGACAAGAUGAUGGUGAUCCAAAUAAAUUGGUUCUCUUUGCACCAGACAAAAAGUCUUAUGAAAUUGCCAAGAAAACGAUUGAUCAACUUCUCGAGAUGGAUGAUUACGAAAAGAAACUUGAAUUCAAAGCAAUUUACACGGCCAAAGUUGUCGAUAUAAUUGAUUCCGGUGUUAAGGUGAUCAUUUUCGGGAUGGAUCCCGUUUUCAUACCAAAUCGAGAAUUAAAUCAAAAACAAAUCAAACAUCCAUCGGCAUUGGGGUUAAUUGUUGGCUCACAAUUCAAAGUUAAAUAUUUCGGUCGAGAUCCGUCUUCAGGUCAAAUGAGACUUUCCCGACGUGUACUUCAAGCUCUAGAUCCAAUAGGAGGUAAUUGGUUGGAAAACACUGAUAGUUGAUCCAAAUUGUAAAUUAAAACUAAUUGUUGUUUCGUUUAAACCAAAUUUUGUAUUUCUCUUUGUAUAUGUAACCAUGUAGUCAUUUGAUUCCAACAAUAAAUGUCGAUCACUUUUCAAA